AUGUUAAUUUUUGCUCUAUAUCCGUUAGUAAUGUUUUCUCAAGAUUUAUACAAAAAUGCUUUUGAUAUAUCACAAAAUAACGAAACCGUUGAGAACCAAAAUGAGGAAAUAAGUUUUCAAAAUAAAUCAGUAAAUAAAGGUGGACAUCCAAGAUCUGAUAUUUGGAAUUAUUUUACCUGUGGAACAUCUGAUGAUAAAGGCCAUUAUAAUGCAAAUUGCAGACCUUCAGUCCUAGAAUCCUACUUGGCUCUGCAUUGCAAAGGCAAUGUUCCUAAUGAAAUAAGACAGCAUUGGCUAGUUCAAGUCGCAAAACAAAAUGAUAAUAUAAAGGAUCCCGACCAUAGUGAUGAUGAAAGUGUAUCACCAUCCUCUAAACCUUUUGAACCUAUUCAUUCUUAUUACAUUUCUAAUCUUAAAAAUGAACUUAAAUUUUAUGGUAAAGAGUUGUCAGAGAGUGAGUUACGUGAAAGUGCAUUAAACCAAACAACAUAUGCAGAAAUAGAAAAUACUAACAUAUUAGAACAAAAUGAAGAUGUUUUAAUGUCUUUUCAAUUGUCAAAUCAUGAGAAGCUUAAAAUAGAGUCUGUUGUUAAUUUGUCGCAUACGCAUUUUGGUGAUCAAGAUGAUAAUGAAGAAGAACCAUCUACAACAAUAGACAUACAAGGGAGUGGAAAUAUGGAUUUCGAUUCUGCUGCAAUUGUAGAAAGUGAAUUUCAAUUCGCAAAUGCGAAUUUUUUAUAA